CCCUGCGACGACUCGCCGGCGCUGGACGAGAACAUGGCGCGCGAGCUGCGGGCGCUGGGGCCGUGGGGCCGCCACCUCCAGCUCCUGCUGCGGGCGCCCGCCGCGGGCCCGGGAGGGAAAUCAACUCCUUGUCUUUGGAGGGCCACAGUGCAGUGCAGGGGCCACAGGCGAACUCUGGCUUCAGGCUUCCAGGCUGCCCGGCUGUUCAGCUCGCAGGUGGCAGAAGACCCGAAGGAGGAGCCCCUGCACUCCAUCAUCAGUAACACCGAAAGCGUGCAGGGUUCCGUUUCUAAACACCAAUUCCAGGCCGAGACAAAGAAGCUUCUGGACAUCGUUGCCCGAUCCCUGUACUCAGAAAAAGAGGUCUUCAUACGGGAGCUGAUCUCCAAUGCCAGUGAUGCUUUGGAGAAGCUGCGGCACCAGCUGGUGUCCAGCGGCCAGACGCUGCCGGAAAUGGAGAUUCAUCUGCAGACCGACUCUGAGAAAGGCACCCUCACUAUCCAGGACACUGGCAUUGGGAUGACACAAGAAGAACUGGUGUCCAACCUUGGAACCAUCGCCCGGUCGGGCUCAAAGGCUUUUCUGGACAUGCUGCAGAACCAGGCAGAAGCCAGCAGCAAGAUCAUCGGCCAGUUUGGAGUGGGCUUCUACUCAGCAUUCAUGGUGGCCGACAAGGUUGAGGUCUACACCUGCUCAGCGACCCCUGGUAGCCCUGGGUACCGGUGGCUGUCGGACGGCUCUGGGAUGUUUGAGAUCUCAGAAGCCUCUGGAGUUAGAACUGGGACCAAAAUCAUCAUCCAUCUCAAGGCAGACAACAGAGAGUUUGCCAGCGAGGCCCGAGUUCGAGAUGUGGUGACCAAGUACAGUAACUUUGUCAGCUUCCCCCUGUACCUGAACGGAAAACGCCUUAACACCUUGCAGGCCGUCUGGAUGAUGGACCCCAAGGACGUGAGUGAGGUGCAGCAUGAGGAGUUCUACCGCUACAUCGCACAGACCCACGACAAGCCCCGCUACACGUUGCACUACAAGACAGACGCACCACUCAGCCUCCGCACCAUUUUCUAUGUGCCCGAAGUGAAACCAUCCAUGUUUGAUGUGAGCCGGGAGCUGGGCUCCAGCAUCUCACUCUACAGCCGCAAAGUCCUUAUCCAGACCAAGGCCACAGAUGUGUUGCCCAAGUGGCUGCGCUUCAUUAGAGGUGUGGUGGACAGUGAGGACAUCCCCUUGAACCUGAGCCGGGAGCUGCUCCAGGAGAGUGCGCUCAUCAGGAAAAUCCGGGAUGUUCUGCAGCAGAGGCUCAUCAAGUUCUUUGUUGAUCAGAGUAAGAAGGACUCAGAGAAGUAUGCCAAGUUCUUUGAAGACUAUGGCUUAUUCAUGAGGGAGGGCAUUGUGACAACUGCCGAGCAGGAGGUGAAGGAAGAUAUUGCCAAGCUACUGCGCUAUGAGUCUUCGGCCUUGCCUGCUGGGCAGCUGACCAGCCUACAGGACUAUGCGGGUCGCAUGCAGCCAGGCACCCGCAACAUCUACUAUCUGUGUGCUCCCACCCGGCACCUGGCUGAGCAUUCACCCUACUAUGAGGCCAUGAAACAGAAGAACACUGAGGUUCUUUUCUGCUACGAGCAGUUUGAUGAGCUCACCUUGCUGCACCUUCGUGAGUUUGACAAGAAGAAGCUGAUCUCCGUAGAGACAGACAUCGUAGUAGAUCACUUCAAGGAGGAGAAAUUAGAGGAUGGCUCCCCAGUUGGUGACCGCCUCUCAGAGAAGGAUGCCGAGGACCUAAUGGCCUGGAUGAGAAACGUGCUGGGACAGCGUGUCACCAACGUGAAGGUGACUCUCCGCUUGGAUACCCACCCUGCAAUGAUCACCGUGCUGGAGAUGGGGGCUGCCCGGCACUUCCUGCGUAUGCAGCAGCUGGCCAAGACGCAAGAGGAGCGUGCCCAGCUCCUGCAGCCCACACUGGAGAUCAAUCCCAGACACACAUUGAUCAAGAAGCUCAGUCAGCUGAAAACAAGCGACCCUGAGCUGGCCCAGCUGCUCAUGGAACAGAUCUAUGAGAAUGCCAUGAUUGCUGCUGGCCUUGUGGAUGACCCCAGACCCAUGGUGAGCCGGCUGAACCACCUGCUUGUCAAGGUCUUGGAGGGGAGGUGAUAAACAACCGUGGGGAAAAACAGCACACCACUGCAUCAUUGCUACAGUAUCCUCUCGAACUUUAUUAAAGGUAUUAUCUUACUA